CCCUGGGACCAUGGUAAAAGAAAAAGCCAUUAUUAUGUAACGACGAUAUAGCGAGGGAGAGCGCGGGGUGACCAUGCCCCAGCCCUGCCCGACGGGAUUUUGUUAAUUCGUGUGUUAUAACAGGGUUCGCCGAUCCCCCACAAACCUGAACCAGGCGCUUUAUUAUUGUAAAGUCGGGAACACCGUCCGUCUCCAACCAAACCGAGAACCCGACCACAAAGGAAUAUCUCGAGAUUCCUGGUCGUGGUGAAUAUCUUGAAUGGAGACAUGCACAUGGCAGGACAACCCUAAGGACAAGGACAUGGACCAAUGGCACCCAACAGCAGCAGGACAUUACGAACGGAAGGCCAGCCUAACUGAGCGCUGGAUGGCGCACAACUGCUCCUUAGGCCAGCAGGCCUCUAGAAAUGGCAGCAGCCGAGGAGGUCGCCACCACUGGACUCUCUCGCUGGUUCUGAAGCUGGGGAUGACGAUACAAGAAACCCAAAACCAAAACCAAACGCAAUGCCCCAGCCCGGGGUUGUUCGAGGAGCAACUCGUUCCCCAGCUACGGCGGGCAUGGCAGGACCUGCGCCGUCAACACCCUUCAAUGGCGAGCACGCUCAACACCACACGGUACGUAUGGGAGUACCACCCGACAACGGACAAGGGAGAAGAAGAAAAAUGGCUCCGGAUGACGUUCGUGGUGGUCCCCUUCCAGAUCGAGGCGGCAACUUUGGCCACGCAGUUGGUGGCGCCACCGCGGCCGACAUUACAUGUUCUGCCUAGGAGUCAGGAGCUGCUUUUGCAGAGUCCGCAUAGUUCCGUUGAUGGUGCGGGACUGAUCAUAAUGGCUCAUUUGUUGUUGUCGACGGUAACAUCCCCGAGGGACCCGGGGGCACCUUUUGGCUCCUAUCCAUCUGUCGACAACAGCUUGAACCUAAAAGAGAGUGAGAGCGAGUGUUGUAACCUGGCCCCGCCGUUCCGAACAAUGGUCCAAGCCGGCCCAUUCACAGACAUGCAAAGCCAAGCUGCCAACGCGGAGCUGAAGCGCUAUCUCGAUGCGUUUCCCGGCAUGACGCUGCCCACGAAAAUCCCAAAACCAAAAACGCGCGACGGUACGGUCAGGCCGGGCAAAACGAAACGAAAGUGUCAUGUUUUUGACGAGUGUGAGACGUCAGCUAUUGCCGAUGCGUGUCGGAGAAAAGGGCUGACUGUGACACAUGCGGUUCAUGCAUCCAUUGCUUGUGCCAUGGCGAGACUUAAGUCGAAUCCGGCGGCUCCGAAUGUUUAUACUGGUGCCUUGUCGUUUGAUGGGAGGAGGAUCUAUGGAACUGCUACGGCAGAAGAAGACGAUAGAGAUUGGCAACUCCCAGCGUCCCUGUGCACCACCGCCUGGCUCCCCUCGAUUCAUGUCUCCGACUUUGAUUGUACUGCGGACCAAUUCAAACGCGCCUACGCAUGGCAUACCAAUAACAACACCAACACCAACGGCAACAGCACCGACAAUUUCCACACCCACACCCGCCCAGAAAAACGCGACCAAUACAACAUCGUCGAACUUAUGAUCAAAAACAUCCUCCCCCAAGUAUCCUCGACGACCGGCGCAACUUCCGUAUCCAUGGCCUCGGCCAACUUAUCCUCCUUGGGCGUCGUCGAACGGACCUUGCAGCGAAAGUAUGGUCAUCUCGAGGUUCUCGAAUACGCUCAACUGUGCGAGGUUCUCACGGCCUCGGUUUGCAUGUACCUCCAUACAUGGCGGGAUCAAAUGGUCCUGUCGACUAUGUAUAAUGAGGCUUAUUAUGAUGCUGAGUUUGUUGAUUUGUUGGUGGAGACUGUUUUGGACAUUUUGAGGCAGGGGUUGGGGUUGGGGGUGAAUGCGGAUGCGUAGCGUGCAAUCUGUUAGGUGACUAAGGUAGGUACUUGGGUGGUAUAGGAUUGGUAUGUUCCGAGUUCUGCUUGUUGCGCCAUGUGCCAGGGCAUCCACUACAAUGAAGCGGACUUGAGUUUGGACCAGAGCCUUCUGAAAGUGCAAAGGCAUCUAUCACAUUCGUAGGACAGGACACUUGGCUGCCAGUCUAGUUUGCUCGCCAGUGAAGUUGGCUUAGUCAUCUCAGGGGUUCUCAGCCUCGUCACGUGGCGAGGACUGAUUCUAUGGUGCCCUCUGUCUCCCAGUAUUGCGUACUAGUUUUUAACAUGACCACCACAGCUAUACAAAAGUCAUGUUGAAUGGCUGAUUGGCGCACCGAGACUAGUUGGUGACUUUGUGAUUCAAACCUGCUUCAACUGUUUCAUUCUAGAUACUAUUAUUCCCAAGUUGCUAUUUCC